UUGUGGCUGUAGUAACUAGUGACGACCAGUUGGCUGGCCUAAACUUCCGCUGCAGUGAAUUUGAACGGAAUCUCAGAAAUAUGGCCAUACGCUGUUUUUUCUCGACUCGGAAAAAUCUAAACUGCUUCGGCAGAUUACAACUCCUCUUGUCAAAUGAUUGCAGCGCCGUGAUUGGCCUCUACAGCACAGCAGCAAAGCAGUGGGGAACAGGUGAUGAUUGCCAUGGUGAUGACACCACAGAUGACUCCAGCCAUGCGGGGACCAAUGUGAGACUGCUGGAGAUGAGAGCCAGCAAGCUGGAGGAGCAGGUCAGGGAGCUGACGGAAAGAUACAAAAGAGUCAUGGCUGACUCUGACAACGUUCGAAGAAGAACUCAGAAGUUUGUUCAAGACGCCAAGCUGUUUGGGAUCCAGAGUUUCUGCCGUGACCUGGUGGAGGUAGCUGACCUGUUGAAGCAGGGGGAGGAGGACCAGAGACUGGCCCAGAUCAAGGAGAGGCUGCAGGGGGUCUUCACAAAGCACGGUCUUAUGAAGAUGAGCCCCGUUGGGGCUAAAUACGACCCUUACCAGCACGAGAUAGUGUGCCACACUCCUGCUGAGGGAUGGGAGCCUGGCACCGUUGCUGUGGUGAAGCAUGAUGGGUACAAGCUCCAUGGACGCACCAUCCGGCAUGCUCAGGUGGGCAUUGCUGUGAUGACACAGGAGCAGGACUAAGGCUUGUGCUAGUCUCUGACCUCUCUAGUACUUCACGGUCGUCUGCACCUGACAGAUCAAGAUGUGCAACAAUCCUUUCAGUUACUUAAAUGUUUUUCAUGUGGGUUGUUUCAAUGUUGUCACUUUGUCUAGAUUAAUUAUGUACAUACAGUACCUGUAAAAAGUUUGGACACACCUACUCAUUCCACUGUUUUUCUUUAUUUUUACUAUUUUCUACAUUGUAGAAUAUUAGUGAAGACAUCAAAACUAUGAAAUAACACAUGGAAUC